AUGACUUCAUAUUCAGCCAAAUCAGCAAAGCUCUCGGGUCUGCAGCUGCAAAACUUCGAUUUUGAGCCAGUCAAAACUGAGGCUGUGCAUCCGGACUUGAUGAAGGUCUUCAACUACUACUUGAAAAGGGAAUCGAUGCAAUGGGCUUGUCGGCGGAAUCGGACGUUUUUGCGAAUGGUGGGUGAUCGAUUUGUACCGUACGCAGAAGUAGAUAAGAUGUCGGGCCUCAUCGAUAUGGAGUAUAAGAAAAAUUCAAACAAGACUGCUGUUGCGUUU